UUUUUUUUUCUCUUUCUGUUUGUUUGUAUCCAAUGCCUGCACAACAGUUGCCUACGAUACCACCUAUUUUAGAAGAGCAACAAGAAAUCCCAACCAUUCAAAUAGACGGGAUUCAACCCAGUACUCGUAAAAGAGCAUUUUCAUUCUCUAAUUUAGUGAAUCGUACUCGUCGAGCUUAUUCUGUUUCAUCCACCUAUCCUGCCAAACCACCACCUACACUGCUUGCUUUACCUGUACCCAAGACAUCACAUGAUUUAUUAGCUGAUCUGGAUCAUCCAAAGGCAUUGAAUUUGACAGCUGCACAAAGAAGAAACUCGAUUGCAGCAGCUCAACGAAAAUAUGAGGAUUUUGAACAAAAGAUUGAAGCUGCUCCUUUAUUUGUACUUGUGUCUACUUAUUUAAAUUAUCUGGUCUUGAUAUUGUUUGGUCAUUUGCGUGAUAUUCUCGGUAAAGUGUUUAAACGUAAAGAAUAUGCUCAUCUUCGUACCAAUGAGGGAUAUGCUCCUUUAGUGUCUGAUUUUGAUUCUUUCUAUACAAGACGCAUGUAUAUUCGUAUUAGAGAUUGUUGGAAUAGACCCACUACUGGUGUCCCUAGUAGAACAGUCACUAUUCUCGAAAGAGAAUCCAACGAUUUUAACUUGACAUUUCGCUUGACUGGAAAGAAACAAGAAGUGAUCAAUUUCUCAUCAUACAACUAUUUGGGGUUUGCUCAAAAUCAAGGUAUUUGUGCAGAUCAAGUAGAGGACUGUGUAGGCGAGUAUGGUAUCACAAGUGCUAGUACAAGAAUGGAAUUGGGUACAUUGGAUAUUCAUCGUCAGUUGGAAAAGAAAGUGGCUCAAUUUGUGGGCAAAGAAGACUCGAUUGUUGUCUCUAUGGGAUUUGCUACCAAUUCGACUACGAUUCCUUGUCUUGUGAACAAGGGCUGUUUAGUGAUCAGUGAUGAAUUGAACCAUAGUUCUAUUAUCUUUGGUGUUCGUCUUUCAGGUGCCUCUGUCAGAGUGUUUAAGCAUAAUAAUAUGAUUGACUUGAAGAAUCUGUUGAGGGAAGUGAUAUCUCAAGGUCAGCCAAGAACCCAUCGUCCUUGGAAGAAGAUUGUGGUAAUUGUAGAGGGUUUAUAUUCUAUGGAAGGCUCUAUUGUCAAUCUGCCUGAAUUGAUCAAACUGAAGCAACAAUACAAAUUUUAUCUAUAUGUAGAUGAAGCACAUUCUAUUGGCGCUUUGGGUGAAAACGGAGGUGGUGUGUGUGAUUUCUAUGGUAUUAGUCCAAAGCAUGUUGAUAUUCUGAUGGGCACUUUUACAAAAUCAUUUGGUGCUGCCGGUGGUUAUAUUGCUGGUGAUAAGGCAGUCAUGGAUCAUUUGAGAUUAAAGAACCAUGCCUUUUUGUAUGCAGAAGCCAUGUCUCCACCUGUCAUUCAACAAGUGAGUUCAAGUAUGGGUGUGAUUAUGGGAGAAGAUGGUACAGACGAUGGAGUUCAACGUAUUCAAAACUUGGCAGACAAUUCUCGUUACUUUUCUAAUGCAUUAAGAAAGAUGGGAUUCAUUGUGUAUGGUGAUGAAGGCAGUCCUGUCAUUCCUCUUCUUCUUUUCAAUCCUGCUAAAAUUUCUGCCUUUUCUCGAGAAAUGCUUAAGCGUGGUAUUGCUAUUGUCGUUGUUGGUUAUCCUGCUACACCUAUCAUUAGUUCAAGAGCUCGUUUCUGUAUUUCUUCUGCUCAUACGCGAGAGGACCUUGAUAAAGCCCUUGAACAAAUUAGUCAAGUAGGCGAUAUUCUUAUGCUUAAGUUUAAAAAAUGAUGUACAUAAAUUUCUUUUUUCUUUUUUUUUUU